UGCUUGCUGUUCACUGGCUGACAGGCUGGGUUUUCGGUGGUCAUAUGACGUGAACAAGAGGACUCGUAAUGGAGAGCACUGAUCCCAGAGGCCUUCACUUACUGGGGAAGCUACCGGCUACCCAGUGUCCACAGUUUCUUCACAGGGUCGUCGAUGGAGUAUGUGGUCGUGCGCAGCCUCGCUUUCAGGAUUAUGGCAGUGUAUGGAACCUGAGGGAAUGGCUAGAGGUUUUGGAGGACUUUUCAGCAUUCUUUAAAACUAGCGUUGGCAAAGAUGAACCCUUUGAAGAGGUGGCUAGCCAUUUAAAUGGCCUAAGUGCCGAGCAUCAAGAUGCAAUUUUGAAGUGCUUGAAAAGCAGAAAACCUGAAAUCUCUGAAGCUCUAAUGGAGAAGGUGUGCGCAAUGUCCUCUGCUUACCUACGAGACUUUGACUGGCAGCUCAAGCUUGCCCUUUCAAGUGAUAAACUGUCAUCCCUACAAAUGCCGCUCGUUAAUCUGGAUUUAGAUAUUACAGAAAGAGCCACUGUUACACCAGUGUCGGUUGAAAUGAAUAAAGAGGAACUGCAGAACCUUAUAAAUGCAUUGGAAGCUGCUAAUAAGGUUGUUCUACAGUUGAAAUGAUUCAAAACAGUUUGCCUCUCGGACUUGGUCUAUUGGAACAGAACAGCUGAAGGACUGUAAAGAAACCUGAAUUUGGUGCACAGUCUCCCAUAUUCUUCAGUUUUCAUUCGUCUGCUGGUAACUCCCACUGUGUUAAUUCACAGGGCAUAAAAUCCAAAUGACAUUCUCUGAAUUCUUUAACUAAUGGUCACCAUUUGAUGAUACCAACCUCAGACUGAGUUACAUUCCAUAAAUAAAGUUUGUGGUGUUUGAGUCCA